ACAGAAUGAUUAUAGAAAUUACUCCUGUAAUUACCAUUAUAAAGUAACUUUUAAUGAAGUAAAAUUUUCAUGCAUAAGAAGAUAACCCCAAUAACUAACAAAGUCCAGUAAAAUUGUUAGGUAUCCGAAAAUAGCGAUAUCACAGAAUAUCCUUGAUCCAAGGGGGAAAAAUCCGCAUGUAUCAUAAACUAUAAAGUAUCUGAACUCAACACCUAACUAAGGUGCAGAUGAUUCGUGGGGACAUUAGCCGCAACACGCUCCUCGCCCUCAUCAGCAAAGCAUGCACACUCCCUCACCUUGCCGAAACCCACGCGCAGCUCAUCCGCAACGGUUACCACCACGACCUCGCCACCGUGACCAAGCUCACACAGAAGCUAUUCGACGUCGGCGCCACGCGCCACGCACGUGCCCUCUUCUUCUCCGUUCCGAAACCCGACAUCUUCCUCUUCAACGUCCUCAUCAAAGGCUUCUCCCCCAACGCCUCCUCCAUUUCUUUCUACACCCAUCUCCGCAAAAACACCACACUCUCCCCCGACAACUUCACCUAUGCCUUCGCCAUCGCCGCUUCCCCCGACGACAACCUCGGCAUGUGUUUGCACGCGCAUGCCGUCGUCGACGGCUUCGCCUCCAACCUCUUCGUCGCCUCCAACCUCGUUGACGUGUACUGCAAGUUUUCGCGCGUCGCGUAUGCCAGGAAGGUGUUUGAUAAAAUGCCCGAGAGGGACACCGUGUCGUGGAACACCAUGAUUACGGGGCUGGUGAGGAACUGUUGUUAUGAUGAUACUUUUCGAGUGUUUCGUGACAUGGUUGCGCAAGGGGUGCGGUUGGAUUCCACCACGGUGGCGACGGUGCUUCCCGCGGUUGCGGAGAUGCAAGAGGUGAAAGUUGGGACGGGAAUUCAGUGUUUGGCUUUGAAACUUGGAUUUCAUUUUGAUGACUACGUGCUGACGGGCUUGAUUUCUGUGUUUUCAAAAUGUGGGGAUGUCGACACGGCGAGAUUGUUGUUUGGGAUGAUUAGUAAGCCGGAUUUGGUUUCUUACAAUGCCAUGAUUUCUGGGUUUAGUUGUAAUGGUGAGACUGAGUGUUCAGUGAAGCUUUUUAGGGAGCUGCUUGUUUCUGUGGGGAGAGUGAGUUCUAGCACAAUGGUUGGGUUGAUUCCAGUGUCUUCUCCUUUUGGGCAUUUGCAUUUGGCUUGCUGCAUUCAGGGGUUUUGUGUGAAGUCUGGUACCAUUUUGCAUCCCGCCGUUUCAACUGCGCUCACCACAAUUUACAGCAGGCUCAAUGAAAUAGAUUUGGCACGACAGUUAUUUGAUGAAUCGUCGGGGAAAACUGUAGCUGCUUGGAAUGCUAUGAUUUCAGGUUAUACACAGAAUGGUUUAACGGAAACGGCUAUCACUCUUUUUCAGGAAAUGAUGGCGACUGAUUUUAUGCCGAAUCCAGUUACUAUCACGAGUAUUCUUUCAGCUUGUGCUCAACUAGGAGCGCUGAGUUUUGGUAAAGGGGUUCAUCAGUUGAUUAGAAGCAAAAAUCUUGAGACAAAUAUCUAUGUCUCUACUGCUCUGAUUGACAUGUAUGCCAAGUGUGGGAAUAUUUCAGAGGCUUGGCAAUUAUUUGAGUCGAUGAGUGAAAAGAAUACUGUAACUUGGAAUACUAUGAUUUUUGGUUAUGGACUCCAUGGAUAUGGGCAUGACGCACUUGAGCUUUUCAAUGAGAUGUUGCGUUUAGAGUUUCAACCAUCUAGUGUUACUUUUCUUUCAGUCUUAUAUGCUUGCAGUCAUGCUGGCAUGGUGAGAGAAGGAGAUGAAAUUUUCCAUGCUAUGGUCAAUAAAUACAGGAUUGAGCCCUUAGCUGAGCACUAUGCAUGCAUGGUGGACAUUCUUGGAAGAGCUGGACAGUUAGAAAGAGCCUUAGAAUUUAUAAGGAGAAUGCCUGUUGAGCCAGGUCCUGCAGUGUGGGGUACAUUGCUUGGUGCUUGCAUGAUACACAAAGACACAAACAUAGCCCGUGUGGCUUCAGAAAAGCUAUUUGAACUGGAUCCAGGGAGCGUAGGAUACUAUGUCUUGCUUUCUAAUAUAUACUCUGUAGAUAGAAACUUCCCGAAGGCUGCUUCAGUACGGGAAGUAGUGAAGAAAAGAAAACUCUCAAAGACUCCAGGGUGCACUCUAAUUGAGAUUAAUGGGUCUCCACACAUCUUUGUAUCUGGUGAUCGUUCUCAUUCUCAAACAGAAGCUAUCUAUGCAAAGCUGGAGAAGUUAACAGGCAAGAUGAGGGAGAUGGGGUAUCAGUCAGAGACGGUCACUGCUUUGCAUGAUGUGGAAGAAGAAGAAAAGGAGCUCAUGUUUAAUGUUCAUAGUGAGAAGUUAGCCAUUGCUUUUGGCCUUAUUACAACUGAACCUGGUGCUGAGAUUAGGAUCAUCAAGAACCUUCGGGUUUGUUUAGAUUGUCACACCGCAACUAAGUUUAUUUCAAAGAUCACAGAAAGAGUAAUUGUAGUUAGGGACGCUAACAGAUUCCACCAUUUCAAAGAUGGGAUCUGUUCUUGUGGCGAUUAUUGGUGAAGCUGAAUCAAUAAUUGUUCACCAGUUAAGUUAUAGGACAGAUGCAUUGCCCAACCUUUUGGUUUCAUAUUCUUUACCUUUCAACAAUAUGAUCUGAGUCUGGACCCUCUUGUGGUAUACACUUGAGAAGCGAAACAUUUAGUAGCACAAGUUAAAUACAACUUUCUAAAGUUAAACCAAAUUGUAUCUGAAUUCUAUCAUUCUUUACGUAAGCUUUAUUAUGCUUGUGAGUUUGUCUAAUGUCCUUCACUUCAACAUCAUACUAACCAGUUAAUUUAAAUCAAGUAGCCUCCUUGAUUACAUUCUUUUGUCCAUGCAAAAGGUGACAUUC